CAGAAUUUUCUCAAUUAUUAUUCUAAUUUGAUGAUCCCUGGGACAGAUUUUGUUUCCUGAAAACUUUAUAUUCCGACAUUGUUAUAAGAAUUGUAUAGGGAUUAUAAAAAAAGAAUGCUUUGACAGAUCUGAGGAAGCACAUAAAUCUCUCUCAAAAAAAUCUUUUUUAUCCAGGAAACAUUUUGCAUUUUAUUUUAUAAUCCCUGUACAAUUGAUAAUGAUUAUCAUAUUAAUAUUUUACUUACAUAGCACAUUUUCGAUACAUGACAUUAUAAACGGCCAUUAUUUCGGACAGAUAUCUUACAUUUACAUUUAGAUUUUAUAUUUACAUUUUAUCAAUACAUACGUACGUACUCAUCGUUUGUCAUAGAUAGUAAAAUAAAUGUAUAACAUAAAUGAUAUAAACACGAUACCGAUAAGAUAAAGACAGCUUCCAUUGCUCAAUUGUUACUACGUGUUUAAGAAGCUACGGUUAUCUAAUAUUAAAUUGCUUCUGCUAAUAGAUAUUAUGACAUGAUCUCUUAUGUCAUAAAAAGAAAGGCUAUCUCGUAUAACAAAGUGUUAAUAAAAUAAAUUCAAAGAACAUUUGCAAUAAUGAUGAUAUCGAAACGAUCACUUACUUAUAACUUCGAUAUUCAAAAAUUACUAUAAAAUUACUAUAAAGAAGCCCCAGUCGAGCCAGAGACACGGUAGGAUUACAUAGAUUUUUUUCUUAUUUAAUUUUAUCCGAUUUUUUAAUCAGAGUAUACCACGUCCGAAAUUGUUCUUAGAAUUUUGGCGUAAUCUUAGAAUAUUGAAACGUGAUUGAAGUUAAUUGUGAUCUGUUAUAAUUUUGAUACCGCGCACAGGUUAUGCAAGCACGCGCACAAUUAUCGACGAAGAACCAAGGAGGCAUAAUCGUUGAAGUCAUUGGGGCAAUGUUGAAUACGAAUGUAAAAUGUUAGGAUCAAGUUAUCAGUUAAACCGUGAUAAGACGUAUCGUUCGUUCAACCGGCACAUUUACUUCGUAAUGUUGAGAAUUUUUGACACUCUCGCGUUAACUUCUCGUACGAUUACCCGUACAAUUCACCUCCGUAUGAUUGACCUUUGCACGUUUUGAGCUUGCCUUAAAUGUUUCACUCUACUUAAAAUUACUUCGAUUUACGAAAUUUUAAACGAUCGAUAUGCGCGAUCACUUUGUUUUUUUAAUCACUUGUUUAUCAUUUAUGUUAAAUUAAUUAUUAAUUUUUAAGAAAAGUGUUAAAGUAAUUUUUAAGAAAUAUUCUUUAAGAAAAUACUUAAGGGAAAGAAUGCGGAUCACCAUCUUAAAGUUUUAAGGAAAAAACCCUCACCUCUCUUACAGUUUAAAGGGAAAAAUCGAAUUUUUUCCAAAACUUAUUUGUGUCCUUUUGUGUAUUUCUCGUGUUUGCUUUUUUUCCAGAGAAACGGCUGAUGAUUUUUACAUAAUUAUUUGCAAAUUAUUUAACAAAAAAUUUCGAGAUGCAAUAAUUGCAUUCAGAUUGCCGCGACUGUACUUCAUACAAUCGCUCAAAGGAGACCUGACACACUAAUUCAUAAAAUUCAUUUUUUUCCGCUUUCGUUUCAUUUAAGGUAGAACUAUCAUCAGACAGUCUAUCCUAAGGCCUGUUCUUUGUCUGCAUGGUUGCACUCUGGUGCAAUAAAUUAGAAUAAGACAAAUAUAUUUUUUCUCAUUAUAAUUUAUUGCAACAGUACAGCUACCAAGAACAAACCUCAUGUGCCGUGCCAUUCUAUUGUCCCUUAGAAAGGGCUAGAUUAGGGUGAGAGAUAGAAAAGAGUUACAAAGAAGUUUAGGUAGAAAGUAAGAGUGGUAAUAGUUUCUUCUUUGUCGGUCUUUUUUUUGACGCUUAAUUAGCGCACUGAUUUAUAAUUAAUUGUUAAUAAAUGUUUAUAUAAAAUAUUAAUUUUAGAAAACAAUGCGCCAUAAAAAAUGCUAGUUUUAUUAAAUAAAUAUUUAAUAAAGGUAUUUCUACUUUGGUUUGCAUUAUACUUUGUGUAGUAUUAGACUUUUUUUCUCACAAUAUUAUUUUUCGCUACUUUUUGUCGUUACAUAAUGCACAUUUUAUCUCACCAUUAUAAUAAUUGUGUUCCACCUAGAUUCUCGGUGACCUACGCGACAUGGUGGACAGAUCGCGUGAAAUUGAACGUAAAAUUCAAUUCCUUAAAGCCAACCCCUCCUCCCGCUCUUCGCUCCAUGCGAUAAUAAUGGAGAGAGGGGGGGGGGGAUUGAUCAGGAAGGGGGGGAGGGUGUCGUGGACUCUCGGCGCGACGGCAGGUCAGUCACGCGGUGCUAAUCGUUGUGAAACGUCGUGGAGUAUCCUGCUUAACUUGUGUAGCUCGUGUGAGAUUCCCGCGAAGUUUCUGUCGCGAGUGCUCGAUCGUUUCGCCUGCCAGCUUACUUGGUAGGCUUCACAUUAUAUUUGCGAUUAUUAUCGGUGGAAGUUGUGUGUGUGUGUGUGUGUGUAUGUGCGUCUGUGUGUAUGUGAGAGAGAGAGAAAGAGAGAGGGAGGGGGUGGGAGAGAGAGAGAAAGAAGAAGCAGACACUCUGGAUGUGGCGUUACGCCGCGACGAGAAGCGCGGCCGGGCCCAGGAAGCCGACCGUCGCCGUCGUUGAUGUCAUUCUCGCGUCUUCCUCAUCCGCACGUGAUUGCGACGCGCGGACCGUAUUCAUCGAACUCAGACUUACCGAACCGGUUUUACGAGAGCAACGUGUACCUCUGUCCCGCGCCAGGCAGCGCGCGAAUUGUCGCAUCGUCUGAGGAAGAUUGUCUCAGGACGACAUAAGACUCUAUCAUGGGAGAUUCGCCAUUUUUACGGAUUACCUGCUAGUACUAUUCGUAGUACUAUCGAAGGUAGAUCGGAUUCUUUCAAAACUUUCCAAUGUCGUUGUUUGUAUCUCUCGAAGAUUCAACAUCAAAGGGCCCAGAAGAAUGCUCCCAAUUGACAGCGCGCUGCAGUUAGAACAGAGAAUGAACAAUGACACGCCAGAAAUAUCUGCUUCACUACUGGUCCGUCUCGCUUCAUUGAACCCACCUUCCUGUUUGAUUUCUCGGACGAUCGAAAUGCCUUAUUACAAUCGACGCGUCACGCGAAGAGUGUCUUCUCCCACUGACGAUGAACACAGCAUAUCGUCGGAAGCAGAAAAUACGUCCCCGCGUGCAUCACCAAAUCGUGUUAAUAGACGUCUUGCAAUCAAUGAAAAUGAAAAUGAAAGGAGACGUCGUGGCAAUUUACCGGCGCCAGCAGUGACCAUCCUAAAACGUUGGCUUAAUGAACACAGAUAUAAUGCUUAUCCAGACGAGGAAGAAAAACGUGCUUUAGCUCGAAAGACUGGUCUAACAGUCCUACAAGUGUGUAACUGGUUCAUAAAUGCGAGACGUCGCCUUUUGCCAAAUAUUUUAAAAGCAGAUGGAGAAGAUCCAAAUCAGUACACUAUAUCGCGCCGCUCCCGUCGCCUAAACUCUACUGAUAGCAAUAGCGGUCGCCCCAUUCGCCAUGGUCGAAGAACACCUUUUGAACCGAUUAGAAACGAUUCGUAUAGACCAAAGUCACAUAAUAGAGAAUCGCCGCUUCACCUUCUGGCCAGGUCCGCUUAUCAAAGCGAGGAUUGUCCGAACGAUUACGAAAGCAGUCUGAACGAAUACCACAGCGAGGAGGAACAUUCUUCGAUACGAUGGCCCAACGUAAUCGUUCGUCCCUAUGCCGAAGCUCAAUUCGAGCAAUUAGACGGCGACGCUAUUUCUUCAUAUGCUCGAAGAUUGAGCCAUUCAUCCAGCGGAAUUCCUGAGAACACGUCUGAAGAACCUGCUGCGUAUUGGAGUGCUCCGCGUGAACAUUUGUCAUCAUCGCCUAUUUUUCCGGAAGAUAUCGCGCGUCGUGGAUUAACAUAUCAAAGUCUUGAAAAUGCCUACUUUCAUCAGCAAAACGGUGAUAACUUAAAUAUGCUUGCGGAACUUGCUGUAGAGCUGUCUUACAUCGAUUCUGUACCACCUUCACCAACAUCGAAUCAAUCUGAACCGUUAAGCUCCAUGCAAGCUUCAUCAUCUUUGUCACCUUCGCCAGUCUAUUCGUCAUUGCCUUAAAUUAGAGGUAUCGGUCAUUGUCAUCUGAUAAUGACAAAAUAGGCAAUGAAGAUAUAGAAGACAAAUAAAAGAAAAUCUGCGAACGUUAUACUUUUCAAAAAUUAUUCAAAAAAAUUUUGAAAAUAGAAAAUUUUUUUGUCUUUAAUGUCAGAAGAUGGUUAAUAUUUUUAAAUAAAAAACAAACUUUAAAAAAUUAUCAAAUUAUUUCGUUUAUAAAUUGCUAGCAGUCGUUAAUCAUUAUGGCAUAUUAUCAUAAUAUAAUACAGUUUAUCGGACAAUUAAAAAUCUCUAUGGAUACUUAUCCAUAAUCUUAAUGUCAAUUGGCAGAAUACAGGUUUUUGAAGAAAGUAUUAAAAAUGCACUAUUUAUUUCAAAUCGUCAUAACUUAGUAAAAAAAAUUUGCGCAAUGAUGCCGCUAAGCUUCAUCUUUUCGAGCAAAAGAUGGUACUGUCCACUGAUCUAUACAAGGACCUGACCUAUUAGAAGUCAUAUUUCCGUUUUUUUCAUUGCUAUUCAGACUACCUGCGUUAUAUACACCUACAUUUUCGUGUCAAGAACAAGUCACAUCAGAGCUGUCUAUUGAUACAAGACUGAUUCAUUAAUUUAUAUUUAACAAUAAAAUAAAAUACACAUGUAAAUUAUUAAAAUACAUGUAAAUUACGUAAAAUAUAAAUUGUCAUAAUAACCAAUUAAAGAAAAAAUAAAAGUUACUAACAAUAAAAUUUAUGAAUGUAUUAAAUAUUGUCUGGUAACAAAAAGCCGCAGAUAAAAUUUUGAAAAGUUUGUUAGAAUACUAACUAGAAUACUAAACAAUUACAUAAAAUAAAGAUCAGGUUGGAAUUUAGAAUAUUCUUGAUUUUGAGCUUGUUUGUAUUUGUUAUUUUAUCUUGUUAUUUCUUGUUGUAUAAAGAUUUAAAGUUAAAAAUAUCUCUGAAUUUCAACUUGAUUAUACAUUAAUCUUUGUAUAACAGAUUCAUAUUUCCUUUAAUAAAUACUAAUAAAUGUUUUUAAUUUUAUUUGUGGCUACGCAAUAUUUGAUUCAUUCUUAAUUUGAUAGUGAUAUUUAUCUUUUAUUUUUAUUAAUACUUAUAAUUAAUGUUUUGCGUAAUUUACAUGUAUAUUUUAUAUGUCUAUUUUCCAUAACUUAUUUUAUUGUUAAAUAUUAAUUAGAUAAUUACGAUAUUAAUUUUGACUGUUUUUUUACUUUUAUGGAUUUCUUUAAAAGUAUAAUGUUUGCAGCGAUUUUUUGUAACGAAACAUAAAUACGAACAUUGACAUAAUAUUAGUGAGACGUGAUCGUGUCAUUAUUUUACAUAAUUUCGAUAUUUUCAUGAAAUUUUAAAAUUUGCAAAUUAUGUCUAUUACUUUUGUUCACGUAAUUCUUGAAUUUCGCUUUCGAAACUUUUAAAUGAUUGUUUAUGAUUGCAUUGAUUGUUUUCUCUGAGUGUCUUUGCGAAUCGCAUUUAUUUUUUAAUAAACGCGCGCGAAAGACGUAAAUGUACAUAAUGUCAGGAUAAUGCAUUUUCGCACAAAUCGCGCUCUCAAGAUCACUAAAUAUUCCCGUCUCAUUGUUUCGAACAUAUCGACAAUAAAAGAACAAUUAAAUUGAAAUAAAACUUACGCAGUUUUAUUUCAAUAGUUUACAGAGAGUGUACAUAUAGUGUACAUAUUACAGAAGUAAUAUAGUUUUUAAAACGAUACGCAUUUUCUUAAAAGCAAAAGAAAUGUGUACGAACCAAAGACUAUUACUAUUUUCUUAGUGCUAUAAUUUUUAUAGAGAUAUAGUUGAUUAGUGCUACAAUUAUAUAAUGAUAUGGUUAAGUACUAAUAAUUCAAUUGUGUUAAUGAUAAAUAUUUAGUAUACCAUAAAAAUCUUUUGUUUGUAAAUAUUAGGAGAGACGAUUUGUGUGCGACAAACCACUUUGAGAAAAUAUGGAAUACAUCGUGCGUGAGAUUCGCACAUAAAACAUUCUUGUGCGAAAGUAUCACGUGAAUUAAAAUCCGUUGCAUUACAAGAGUCACAUUAUGCUUUUGAGUUCAUAAUGUAAUCGAUAACGAACGCGUGUUCAUGGACAAAGUUGUUGAAUACAACUGAAGUUUAUUUUAAUAUGACAUAAUCCUAUUAUCUUAGUGAUAAAUCAAAUAUUUCGUAUUUGUUUUCGAUCCUCCUACACGUAAAUCAAUCACGUCAAUUUUAAUUCGAAACACAAUCACGAAUUAAAAAUCUAUCAAAUUCUACUUGAUAUUAAAUUAAUAAUUAAGAUGUCGUUAUUAAUCGCCUUUUCCAUUUCUUCUUCCUUCAUGAAGAUUUAGUUUCCCUUGAAACUCCCAUUGCUUGUGAAUAACUAAGGAUUCUUAGAAAAGUAUUAUUAGCUAAUAACAAUACAAUAUCCAUUUGUCUUCCCAUUUCGUAAUCUCGAUGUAAAAUUCUUCUAUUAGAGCUUGAAGAUUUCUUUGUAACAGAAACAUCAUGUCACAACAAUCCCUUUUCAUUAUAUAUUCGUCGAUCAUUUAAUAUCAAGUAGAUACUUUAAAGUACUAUAUAGCACUGCCAAUCACGUAAAGUCUUAAACUCUCCACUUUUUUAGAGCACUCGUUAUUGAAUUACUUAUAUACUGAGCGUUUGCAGGAUUCAUUGUAGGAGAGAUCGAAUCCAACAAGCGUACUUUAUAAAACAUGUACAAUGUACAAAACUUACUCACUAUUCUAAAAUUGUGCCUUUCUUCGAGACAUCCUGAAACGAAAGAUGUCUCUUGAUUUAUAGUUGCAAUUAAUGUUUACUGUAAUCGAACGAACAGUAAAGCGUAUAUAUCUUUUCGAGUUUACAUUGAUGAAUGUUGCGUAACAGCACAUGCGUUUCCUACAAUUACUACAAGCUCAAAAAGACGGAUAACUCGCGGCGAAAACAUAAUUCUCUUGGCCCCAUAUUCGAUUCUUAUAUUUUAAGACAGUACUGUUGGCUACAAGGCAAUCUGAGUACUUACAUAUUUGAGUAUCCUCCAGGAGAAUGACUGAGAGUAUAAGGAGUACAAACUAUCGUACAAAGUCGUGACAAAGUUGCCCGUCUGUGUGAGCAUUUAUAUGUUUAAGUAUCGCCCAGGGAAGGAUAGAUAAGUAAAUGACUGAGAAGAGUACAGGAUAUCUUUCAAAUGUACGAAGAUCUCGGCGUGUAACUUCUAUAUAAAAAAAAUGUCUCAACGAGUACUUAUCUAUAGAAUUUUCGUGAUGCAUGCAUCAUAAAUUAAUAAUUAUGCAAAAGAGAUAUCUCGCUUCCUCUAUUGACGGCAAGUUACUUAUUAUGACUUAUGAUUUAUGCAUUUAAUAUAGAAAACGAGAUUAUGUUGUUACGUACGAUCGAAGUAAAUCCGAUGAUAUUAAUAUGCUUCCAAGACACACACAUACGCACGUGGGCGUACUUUACAAGAUAUUUCUUUUGUGUUUGGUUGUUAAUUUAUCACUCAUGGAAUCCAGCCUUAAUGUGAAGGCUCAUUGAUAGUUUAAUUGGGUUAUAAAUGCGCAUUUUUUUACAUAUGUUCAAUAAUGUAUUAAAGUACAUUGAAAAAAGAGAAAAAACAAAUAUGCGAUCGCAAUAUGUUUUGCAUAUUUGUUUUUUUGUGCUAAUAAUUAAAAAAAAUUGUGAGGAAAAGCUCUCUCUUUCUCUUUCCGAUUUGAAUAAAACAAUGGUGAUUGUGGACGUAAAAAUAUUCCUGUUUAUACGUAUGUAUGUAGUAUGCAUAAUGUAUGCGCUCAUACACACGCACACAUACCCGUGCGCGCGCGAGCGUCAAACUCGAGAAUUGGCUAAAUUUUCAUUGACUGUAAAAACUUAAUUUUUAUACCAGUGAGUAGCUUUCAAUGUUUUGGUUUUUGAUAGAUUUUCAAAAAUCUACAUUUUGUAUAUUUACGUUGAAAUUAUGUUAUAUUCAUUAAUUAUAGUCGAAAAACGAAAAUUUAGCCGAUCUUAAAUAUCUUUGAUUGUCAACAUAAAAAAUAUAUAAAUACGAAUAUUUGUACUGCCUCUACAAAAAUAACAGGUUUCAUCAAAAUCUGGAAGGGUAUCCCUCUCAACAGCCUUUUCUUGGGGGGGAAAAAAAACAAGAAUAAGAAGGCCUUUUCUUAAACAUUCGCUGUCAUAUAUGCAAGAAAAGAAAGAGGAGAAAUUGCGCGUUGCUGAGACAACCUACGAAUUUUUAUAGAUCUCAGUCGUGUGCGCCGAAGAAAUUUCGUAAUAUCUUGUAUUUCUCUUAUCAUUUGAUUGAUGGAGGAUUUUUAAUCUUCUAAGUAUAACGGAAAGGUGGAUUUUUUAUAUAAAAGUAGGGUUGGAUCCGACUUUAUGCACUGUUUUGAUCGUUCAAUUAAUACUAUAUAGUACAAAAUGGGUAAAGAAAGUAAAUAAUAAUAUAACAUUAAAUUGUUCUUCGUCGCUGUGAAUUUCUUGUAAAGGUAUAAAAUGGACGAAGCUGUGAGUUGUAUCCGAUCCUAAUCUUACCUUUCGAUAUCUUGAAUAAUUUAGAUUUAGAAUAACUUCAUAGGAUGUGUUCCACUUAACGUUCACAGUGCUCGUAAGCGUCACUUGUCCUUAUUUAAUAUAAACAGCAAGGAUAAAAUGAUUCCAAGAGCAUUGCGAGCGUUAAGUAGAACACUCAUAGUGUGUGAUAUGAUAGGAUAACAUACAAAAGGCAGACAACUUAUGAAUUGUCAUGCCAUGUAUCUUACGUUUCGACGAGACUUAAGUUAAGUAGUUUCUACAGAAGAUAUGUGAAAAUUAGGAUUAUAAAAGCGUUUAAUUUCCAAGGGAGAAGGUAGCUGUUCUAAACGGUCCAGCGUCCUUUCGUUAUCGCAACAUAUCUUGACUAGGUGCAAACGUUUAUUUAGCUACGUGUUACAAGAGCAAUUUCACUCUUCGCGCAUAAGAAUCAUAUCACAUAUAUUUUCGAACAAUAACAUUGCGCGAAAAACAACCGAGCUAACCAAUUUAUAAAAAGGUAGAUCGAUUUUAAGUUUAAUUUGUACACAUGUACAAAACACGGAUACGCAUAUCUUUGUGAGCACAUUGCAGCGUUUAUAAGCAUGAACCUGUUAGAGUAGAUUGAUUACUCGAGAACAGUUUUACUCUCCGCGUCAAGCAUAUCUUUACUUUCGAACAAUAAUGACAAACACGUGCGCACAACCGACUUGUAAGAGAGGAUGUUGAUUUUUGUUUGAUUUAUACGUGGCAUACAGAUGUGCGUAUCCUCCGUAGACGCGCACAAUCUUUUAUUAUAAGAGCCUAUUAUAACCGGAGUGAAAUCUGGUUUUACUCUCCGCGUCGAUAUGUAUAUCGUUAUACUUUCGAACAAUAAAAUGCGCGUAGAAUUAUUGUUAUACUUUAUAAGUGAGCGCACUAAUUUGAUUUAUACGCGCAACAUAAUACGACGCGCAAUAAGUACGAAGCAUAAAAUACAGUGCCAUAAAAUGCUU